CUCACAGUUGUCUCACCCUCCCGACUGUUCAAUACGGUCCUUUCUGAUACGAUGGUUCCCUAGGUUAGCAGAACUGUCAAGACCUUGGGUUGGCUGUAAUGGGACACUACCUUAAGACAAGGCUUGACCCGUUAGCGGCAUUUCUCCUGAUGGUGUAGGAUAAUGCAUUUUACUUUAAAAUUCUGUCUUUCUUACAGAUACGCAGCAGAUUCAACACACCUGCGCCUGAGAUCUACUAGCUGGUCAGCUCCAAUCGUGUGGAGCGAUACUUACAAUGCAUCAGUCUUGGCAAAGUAUUAUGAAAGGCAUCCCGUUAUGGUGGGGUUGAUUGUGUUUGCAGUGGGGAGGUACCUGUGGCUCUACUUGGGUAACUUCCUGAAUUCUGCUAACACUUUUUUCAUGGUCAACCAGAGGGUCAUCAUUUAUAUCAUGUUGGAUGAUUUCUACUAUGUGCCAUGGAUAAAUCUGAAUCGCUACCGGACAGUGAAGAUUUUUAAAAUUAAACAAGAGUGGAAGUGGCAAGACAUCAGCAUGAUGCGCAUGAAGAUCAUCAGCGAGCACAUCGCGGAUCACAUACGGUAUGAGGUCGGCUAUGUCUUCUGCGUGGAUGUGGAUCGAGUAUUCAAAGCCAACUAUGGUUUGGAGACUCCGGGAGACUCUGUAGCCCAGUUACAUGCCUAUUGGUAUAAGGAAAGCCCAAACGCUGUACCUUAUGAGAGAAAUGAAUCCUCAGAGGCGUACAUACCAGAGGGCAAGGGGGAUUUUUAUUACCAUGCCGCUGUUUUUGGAGGCACGCCCGCAGAGGUCCUCAAGAUUACCAAGGAGUGUGUGGAAGGAAUUAUGAGUGACAAGGGAAAAAAUAUUGAAACUGUUUGGCAUGAUGAGAGCCAUUUAAACAAGUAUUUCUUUCUCCAUAGACCCACUAAACUCUUGUCGCCAGAGUUCUGCUGGGACUCCCGUCAGGAUAAGACUCCUGAUAUUCAGACUGUUAAACUCUCUUGGGAGGUUAAGUAUUAUGGACUUCUUAGAAGGCUGGUGUAAGUUUCUAGCCCUUCCCUGAGUUGCUGAAUUGAAGAGUAUCAAUUUCCUUGGAAAACUAGC